CUAAAUAAAUUCUUAGACUUCUUUAUAAACGAUGUUUUUCCUAUUUUUUCUCUACACUCUUUAAAACUUUCUCCAAUAGCCUCAGCCUCCAACGGCUCUUUCUCACCUCAGUCUCCAGCGACCCUUUUUUUAAUACAAUAAAUUCAUCAAUUUUUUCUCUAUUCUUUUCGUUGAUUUUAUUAUCUUUUGAUCCCAAGAUCUUUCAAACUGAAGUUACUCGAUUUUGAAGGGUUUUUUUUAUUUUAUUUUAGUUUUAUUUUGGAAGGUUAAGAGUUGUUCAGUUUCAUAUUUAGGGUUUUGGCUUUGUUAUAUAAUUUUUUACAGUGAAUUAAAAUUAGGAUGUUAAUGAGAUGAUGAAUCAAGGAGGCAAUACUCUAACCGUGGCUUCACUUGACCUUAAUUUGGUUGAGAACCGUUAUGUUGUUGACGCUAGCCAAUCACAGACAUCAUAUCUUCCCUCAACAAUUGGAUCUAGAGCUGUGUCAUGGAAUACACAUGGUGUGGAUAAUCGCUCCAUAAAGAAUGGGAUUCUUCCAAAUUCCACUUAUCACCAUGAACAGCAUGCAAGACCACUUGUAAGGAAUGUUCAAGAUGGAGUAAAUGCGACAUCUGUAGCAAGUUCAUCAAGUUUAGGAGCAACUGCUGUAACACAAGAUUACAGUGGCUAUACACUGUACCCAAAUUCUAGUGAUCCAUAUAGUUAUGGAAACAUAGGAUACCUAGGUUACUAUAGUAGCUAUCAGCAGCAACCUAACCAUUCAUACUCCCAGCCUGUAGGAGCAUAUCAAAAUACGAGUGCUCCUUAUCAGCCUAUUUCUUCGUUUCCAAAUUCAGGGUCUUAUCCUGGGCCUGCAAGUUAUUCAGGCACUUAAUACCAUCUUGGUGAUUAUUAGAAAGCUGGAAGUUAUCCAACUAGCGGUUACAAUAAUCAGACGAACUCAUGGCAUGAAGGCAGUUAUGCAAAUUAUAAUUCUCAUCAAUACUCAAACUACCCUGCAGAGGCAACUGGCAUUUACAAUUUUGUUACUACAGGCCUUCACUGCAAUAUCCACAACAGUACAAGCAAUGGACAGAUUUUGAACGCGAAUCCAUUUCGAUUCUA